UCCUGCGUGCCGCGGACAUGGCGGAGCUGGAGGUGGGGCAGCACUGUGGGGUGCCCGAGUGCCGCCAGCUCGAUUUUCUUCCCUUUGUAUGUGAUGGCUGUUCAGGUAUCUUUUGCCUUCAGCACAGGAGCCGAGAUGCUCAUGGGUGUCCUGAGGUGAAUGUGAGAAACAGUUCUGUGAAACCCGAUCAGCACAGAUCUUACCCAUGCUCAUACAAGGACUGCAAUGGAAAGGAGCUUUUGCCAGUGUUAUGUCCUUAUUGUGAAAAGCAUUUUUGUCUCAGGCAUCGUCAUCAAUCAGACCAUGAAUGUGAGAAGCUGGACAUGCCGAAACCCCGAAUGGCUGCCACCCAGCAACUUGUUCAAGAUAUUAUAGAUUCUAAAAAAAGUGAUGAAGUGAAAAGCAAAAAACGUAAAGGAGCAAAAAACAGUGAGACGGCAGCAAAAGUGGCAUUAAUGAAACUGAAAAUGCACGCAUGUGGGGACAAGUCCUUGCCUCAGACAGAAAGAAUUUACUUUCAAGUAUUUUUACCAAAAGGGAGCAAAGAGAAAAGCAAACCCAUGUUCUUUUGCAGUAAGUGGAGUAUUGGCAAAGUAGUAGAUUUUGCAGCUUCCUUAGCAAGUCUUAAAAAUGACAACAACAAAUCAACAUCUCAGAAACUGAGAUUAUGCCAUACUGCCUCUGGAGAAGCCUUGCCAUUUGAGCACACACUGGAAACAUGGCUAUCUGAUAAAGACUAUCCACUGUACAAUGGAGGGAAUAUAAUUCUAGAGUAUCUUGAUAAUGAUGUUCUGUUUAUAGAAGAUACAGAGUCCUACUUAAGUUAGUCAAUAAAUUUUCACAAACAAAAAAAAUCCAGUAUUUUUUGGAAGCAUGGUAUUAAAGCAAGUCCAGUUUUCUUUUAAAAUCACUGGUAUGCCAGAAUCUAUCUUCCAUUGUAAAGACACAAUUCCCAUAAGUUUCUCAGUUGCUUGACUGACAGAAGAGCUAUUUCCUGAAAGGAAAGUUAUAAUAACUAAUAUUACAGAAAUUUCACAUUCUAGAAUUCUUGCUGUAUUGAGCUGUAUAAUAUCAAGAAUGUUUUCUUAAAUUCAGUAUUUAUUUUUGUGUAAGUGGUGGGACAAUACAUCUUAAUAAAUACUGAAAAUGUGAACUUGCAGUAUGACAGUUUUCUGAAGGACAGAAACAUACUACGCUAUUGCAGCAUCUUUUCUACAUCUACACGAACAGAUUUGAUUGCAUUUGGAAACCAGCACUGUCCAUACACUGGGUCCACAUUUUAUUCUUGUAAUGACAUUUAGAAAGAAAGCUUUAGGGAGCAAAAGUAAAUUCACUCAGGUGAAGUGAAUUUAAAAAACUUCAUUUACUCCUGAUUGUAAAUCUCA